AUGGAGGUCUUGUCACCGCGAUCAGCAAAUGUACCUCCAAACCCUCGACCAGAGAAGAUGAAGAAAGCUUCGAGACCGAAGCAAGAAGAGAAGGUCACAGUAAAGCCAGUCCCAUCGAAACAAGUCAACCCGGACCGCAUAGACGAGAAAUGGCGACCGCCAGCCUCUGUAUCAGAGCCCGCGCCAGGCACAGAGACAUACAUUCCCGGCAAGAAGCUCGGAAAGGGAGGGUUUGCUGUCUGUUUUGAAGGCCAGUCUACUAAGACCGGCAAGAUCUUUGCUCUCAAGGUUGUCAAGGCCAAGGUCGAACAGAAGAAGAUGAUGGAGAAAUUUCGUACAGAAUUGCAGAUCCAUGCGAAGAUGAAUCAUCCCAAUAUCGUCGACUUUCUACGAGCUUUCACCUUGGAUGAUCACACCUACGUCGUGCUGGAACUGUGCUCCAAUGGUAAUCUGACUGAUAUGGUGAGGGCAAGGUCUUGUCUGAGUCUCCCGGAAGUCCGACGAUUCUUGAUCCAGAUCUGUGGAGGAGUCCGCUACAUGCACAAGAGAUCAGUCAUACACCGAGAUCUGAAGAUGGGCAAUGUCUUCCUCGACGAGCACAUGAAUAUCAGAAUAGGCGACUUUGGUCUUGCUGCAGUCAUGGUGGACGCACAGGAUAGACGGACGACUCUUUGCGGCACUCCAAAUUACAUCGCUCCGGAGAUACUUAGCAAGUCAGGGGCAAGAGGACACGACAACAAAGUCGACACGUGGGCCAUCGGCGUCAUUGCUUAUGCCAUGCUGGUAGGCACACCACCUUUUCAAUCGAAGACACAGCAGGAGAUCUACACCAAACUCAGAGCAUUAGAAUACGAAUGGAAGAUCGACUGCAAGAACUACAUCCCUCAGCAAGCAAAAGAUUUCGUGGCGGCUUGUCUGAACCUGGACUCAGCUGAGCGGCCGGAGAUGGACGAUUUGGUCGAGCACGACUUCUUCAAAAUGGGUGUGGUCGCUGAACCACUGACCACUUCUUGUCUGAAGCACAAGCCUGACUGGCUCCUAAGUGCCGACCCAAGAGGAGACAAAGUUCAGCCGGGAUAUGGUCUCAAUUACUCUCAGUUGUGUAGAGCUGCUGGCGUCGGACGAAGGGCUGACGGGAGCUCUCGAGUGGGCGUUGGCGGGAAGCACACCAUGUCGACUCUCGUCGAGAUUGAAGCCGAGAACCAAUUGGGCUCCGCGCCUACGGUACCUCUACCCGAGGGCAUAUUAUACAGUGCCAUCACUGAAGCUCAAGCCGAACAGGCUCGUCAACAACAACACUCAGGACUGCCCAUGAGAGUGAGAGGACGAAAGCUUCUGCUCGGUGAUAUGGAGCGCAUACCCGAAGAAUCUAAUGCGAGCUCCAAACCAGCGACAAUGACCGUUCCCGGUCGGGCAGCAGCCCCAGUCCCGAGCUUUGCCGCAACGCAACGACAGCAGGCUUUGCCAUCGAGGCAACGGACAGCUCCUGUCGAGCCAGCAAGAGCAGCCUCGGAUGACAAUCCCCAGACCUCAGAAGGGCUCCUUCGCGCACGACCAAUGCGCGCAGCUAGCGUCAGAACGACUCGCAGCACAACGGCAACAUCGCAAACGACUAGAGCGUUGCCAAAAUCGAGCACUCUUCCUACUGCACUUGAUGUGGUGGCAGCCGAGGCUCCCGAGCGGCCCUCUUCGAGAGCAGCAACAAUCGGUCGGAGCGACAGACUGCCAGCCCCUGCCUCCCGUAGUCUCAAACUUGCCUCAAGAGGGGAUAAUGCAACAACCAGACCAGCAUCGGUCAUGGCCCGAUUUUCCGACGACAUCCCAACUGUUUCGAAGACAGAUACAACGGUGAACGUCCAACAGAAGCAUUCUGAUGACUCUGGUGCGUCGAAAACAAGCGCUAGUAAGCUGUCUCCAGAUGCUCGGGAGACCAAGAGAGCACUGAUCUCGCCCAAUGAGCCAUUCACCUUGGUUGACAACACGGCCAAUCGAUUGGUUCUGUCUGCCCUUCAGGACCUGCAUGAUGUCCUCAAUCCUCGUCAGAUAGAGACCUGUCAGCCGCGUCAAGCAGUCGGAGAUUAA